AUGUCAACGAUCGGCGUUGAAGAUUCACGUCAACGUUCCACGACUCAGUUAAACGUUGGUAUUGAGCGUCGACGAUAUGCGCUGAUUAUUCGUGUUGAAGAUCUGCGUCGACGAGUUGCGUUUACGAUUCACGUCAACGAUCGACUCCAGCCAAAUCCGUGGAAGAUCUACGUCAAAAAAGAUGCAUACAGCAUCCAUGGCAACUAUUCUUGUCGAAGAUCCACAUCGGUGGUCUAUGCUGACCGUUCAUGUCGACGAUUCCGAUUGCUGUCUAGUAGUUUUGUUGACAAUCAACCUCAACGAUAUGCGUCAACGAUCUUCGUUGAAGAUUCACGUCAACGUUCCACGAAUCAGUUACAUGAUGGUAUUGAGCGUCAACGAUAUGCGCUGAUUAUUCGUGUUCAAGAUCUGCGUCGACGAGUUGCGUUGACAAUUCACGUCGACGAUCGACGCUAUGGAUGA